UCUCCGCGCGGCCUCUCGCGCCCUCCGGCGGCCUCUCUCGAGAACGACACUGUCCUUGUCCACGCCCGACGCGAAUAAAGAUUUCUUCUUCAAACAAACAGGAAGUGUCUACGGAGGCCGGGCCGGCGGCUAGGCAGGGGCCGGGCAUGAAGCCGGGCGGCGACCGGAUCGCGGGCGGUGGUGGCGGCGGCGGCGAUGAGCGACAUAGUGGAGAAGACGCUGACGGCGCUGCCGGGACUCUUUUUGCAGAACCAGUCGGUUGGCGGGCCGGCGGGCGUCAAGGCGUCUUUCUCUUCGCGGCUGGGCGGCCUCGUCCGCGGCAUCACCGCGCUAACUUCCAAGCACGAGGAAGAGAAACUAAUCCAGCAGGAACUGAGUAGUCUGAAAGCAACUGUUUCUGCUCCUACAACAACACUGAAAAUGAUGAAGGAAUGUAUGGUGAGACUUAUAUAUUGUGAAAUGCUUGGAUAUGAUGCUUCCUUUGGCUAUAUACAUGCAAUCAAGUUGGCACAACAAGGAAACCUUUUAGAAAAAAGAGUAGGUUAUUUGGCUGUUUCUUUAUUCCUACAUGAAAAUCAUGAACUGCUGCUUCUCCUUGUGAAUACAGUUGUAAAGGACUUGCAGAGCACUAACCUGGUAGAAGUAUGUAUGGCUCUUACUAUCGUCAGCCAGAUUUUCCCUCGAGAAAUGAUUCCAGCUGUUCUUCCAUUAAUUGAAGAUAAACUUCAGCAUUCUAAGGAGAUUAUACGAAGAAAAGCUGUUCUGGCAUUAUAUAAAUUCUAUCUCAUUGCUCCUAAUCAAGUACAGCAUAUUCACAUUAAGUUUCGGAAAGCACUUUGUGACAGAGAUGUUGGGGUCAUGGCUGCUUCUUUGCACAUAUACUUUAGGAUGAUUAAGGAGAAUUCAUCUGGAUAUAAAGACUUGACGGGGAGUUUUGUAACAAUAUUGAAGCAAGUAGUUGGAGGAAAGCUCCCAGUAGAUUUCAAUUACCACAGUGUGCCAGCACCAUGGUUACAAAUCCAGCUUUUGCGAAUACUAGGACUUCUAGGAAAAGAUGAUCAAAGGACAAGUGAAUUAAUGUAUGAUGUUCUUGAUGAAUCCUUACGAAGAGCCGAGUUAAAUCACAAUGUCACAUAUGCUAUUCUGUUUGAAUGUGUACAUACAGUUUAUUCUAUUUAUCCUAAAUCAGAAUUACUUGAGAAGGCUGCCAAGUGCAUUGGAAAAUUUGUUCUGUCACCUAAAAUAAAUCUCAAAUAUUUAGGACUGAAGGCUCUUACCUAUGUUAUCCAACAGGAUCCCACUCUGGCUCUUCAGCACCAGAUGACAAUAAUUGAAUGCUUAGACCAUCCAGAUCCCAUUAUUAAAAGAGAGACUUUGGAACUUCUUUACAGAAUUACUAAUGCACAGAAUAUAACAGUGAUUGUCCAGAAAAUGCUUGAAUAUUUACAUCAGAGCAAAGAAGAAUAUAUUAUUGUCAAUUUGGUUGGCAAAAUAGCUGAGCUUGCUGAGAAAUAUGCUCCUGAUAAUGCAUGGUUUAUUCAGACAAUGAAUGCUGUGUUUUCAGUGGGAGGAGAUGUCAUGCAUCCUGAUAUUCCCAAUAACUUUAUGAGACUGCUCGCAGAAGGUUUUGAUGAUGAAACAGAAGAUCAACAAUUAAGGCUUUAUGCAGUUCAGUCUUAUCUCACUUUACUAGAUGUGGAAAAUGUGUUUUAUCCACAGAAAUUUCUUCAAGUUAUGAGUUGGGUCUUAGGGGAGUAUUAUUACCUCUUAGAUAAGGACACACCAGAGGAAGUUCUAACCAAGCUCUACAAGUUACUUGUAAGUGACUCAGUUUCUUCAGAAACAAAAGCCUGGUUAAUCGCUGCUGUUACCAAGUUGACAUCCCAAGCACACUCUUCUAACAUAGUCGAGAGAUUAAUCCAGGAAUUCACCGUAUCUCUGGAUACUUGUAUGAGACAGCAUGCAUUCGAAUUAAAACACUUAUGUGAGAAUGUGGAACUUAUGAAGAGCUUGCUUCCAGUUGAUAAGAGCUGUGAAGACAUGGUGGUAGAUGCUUCUUUAUCUUUUCUGGAUGGUUUUGUGGCUGAAGAACUUAGUCAGGGGGCAGCGCCUUAUAAACCUCACCACCAACGGCAGGAGGAAAAGUUUUCUCAGGAAAAAGUUCUCAAUUUUGAACCAUAUGGACUCUCCUUUUCUUCAUCUGGCUUCACUGGACGACAGUCUCCUGCUGGCAUUUCUCUUGGUUCAGAUAUAUCUGGGAAUAGUGCAGAGACCGGGCUGAAGGAGACAAAUAGCUUGAAGCUGGAAGGUAUAAAGAAAUUGUGGGGGAAAGAGGGUUAUCUUCCCAAGAAGGAAGGCAAAACUGGGGAUGAAACUGAAGCUCCGCCUGUUCCUCAAGAGAGUAUAAUAAUGGAGAAUGUAGACCAAAAUAUAACAAAAAAGGAUCAGUGUCAAGUCCAUACCCAAUCUAAAGAGGAGAAAGAAAAGCAGCUGCUGGCAUCAUCAUUAUUUGUUGGUCUAGGAUCAGAAAGUACAAUCAAUUUGCUAGGAAAAGCAGAUACCGUAUCUCACAAAUUCAGAAGGAAAUCAAAAGUCAAGGAAUCCAAAAGGGGAGAAACAACCAGUGCUCAUAUGACCUGUUCUUACUUUGGUUCUUCGUCAGAUGCAACUUACGAAGAUGAUUAUUAUUUGGAUACUUUGCAGGAUAGAGGAGACAAAGAAUUAAGUAAAUUUUCUCUCAACUCUGAGCUUUUGGAUUCUGAGUCACUCCCAGAACUGCCCUCAGUUGAGAAACUCUCCAAUUGCAAGCUGUCUUCUUCACCCUCUUCAUUCACUGAUAAUAAUAUGGAAGGUUUUCACCCUUCUCAGUCUACUGUACCCUCAGUUGCUAAUGAAACCUCUUUAGCUGCUUCUUUGCUGGAAGAAACUUCUGAACACAUGCAUUCAGAUCUUGUGGAGGUCUGUCAUAAUGAAACCAUAUCAGUGUCUUCUUACAAAAUUUGGAAAGAUGAUUGUUUAUUCAUGGUCUGGUCAGUUUCUAAUAAGAGUGGUUUGGAAUUGAAAAGUGCUAACUUAGAAAUUGCUCCAGCAGAAAAUUUCAAGAUCACCGAGCAACCUGGAUGCUGCUUGCCCCCAAUAGAAGCAGGAAGCAUCAAAACCUUUCAAUAUAGCGUGCAGAUGGAGGAACCUUUUACAGAAGGGAAUCUUUCUGGUUUUAUAAACUAUCAGAUGAUGGAUACCCCGUCUGUUCAGCUUGAAUUUUCUGUAAACUUAUCACUAUUAGAUUUCAUUAGGCCAUUAAAAAUCUCAACUGAAAACUUUGGCAAACUCUGGUUAUCCUUCGCAAAUGAUGUGAAGCAAAAUGUUAAAGUGUCAGAAUCUCAAGCUGCCCUGCCUUCUGCCCUAAAGACCCUGCAACAGAAACUAAGACUUCACGUUGUUGAGAUUAUAGGCAAUGAAGGGCUUUUGGCCUGUCAGCUGCUCCCAUCCAUCCCCUGCUUGCUGCAUUUUCGAGUUCAUGGUGACAUAUUAGCCCUGUGGUUUAGAUCCUCCUGCUCUACUCUUCCUGACUAUUUACUGUAUCAGUGUCAGAAGGUGAUGGAGGGAUCCUAGCAGAAGUUCUGCUUAUAUUUUACUCCAUCAGAAUAAAUGGUUUACAUAGAUAAACGUACCUACCAAAGUAAAAAGAACUCUUGGUACUUCUAAUGAAAACGGGGCUUAUUAUAAGCUAUGGUUUUAUGUGUUUUCUUUAUGAAUCCUGAUCAAGAAAGAUCCCCAAGGAACUGUAUCCUUAACCUUUUACUCAGGAUUGUACAGUACGUUUGGGUCCCAAAAAAAGUGACCUAAACUAAUGUUAUAAAUUGCUAAUGAUUUAUAUGUCACUUAGUGUAGAGGGACUGAAAAUAUUUAUUUUGUUAUAAAUAAUUUUAUAGCAAAUUUCCUCUAGUGCUAGCUGAUUUGUAGUAAAGCCAAGUCUCAGUUUUCUGCACUAAUGGAGGGGAGACAGACAUGGCAUUGAUAAUCCCAAACCUAAUUCAUAUUUGGCUUUGGAAUGCAGUAAACUUUUUGAUAGGCAGGUAAUUACUUUCAAUUAUGUUUUGCUUAAAUCAGUACUGAACUAAGUUGGCACAGCACACACUGACAGUUCAGGAGAUCCAUGAGCAUGCUGGAUAUUGGGGGGAUUCAAUCUGUGAUAUAGUUUUUAUUGUAGAUAACUCAUUACACAUACUUGCAGAUAAUUUGGCUACAAAAUUUGUUUAUUUUCCCACUUGCAUUUAUUUUUAAAAUUCAAAGUGAAUCACUGUAUUCUUAUUUUAAAAACCCAGAGCCAUUUACAAAAUAUUGUCAUGUGGAAACAUAACCUAUAAGAGCACACAAUACUAAAACAAACAGAUAUAAAAGGACAUUUUAGUUAUGGUGAAUAUCUUAGUGUCCAUUUAGGUCCAUUUAGGUCCUUUUGACAAGCUGAAUUUUGUGAGUACAAAUGGGAAAGUCAUCUUUACUGGCUUUUUGAGUCCGCUAGUACUCAGUGGAUAGAGCCAAAGCAGUGACUGCUUAAGUAUACCAGACAGAUUCUUCAGUAAAAUAUAUCAUUUUUUUGUUGUUAGUUGUGCCUUUAUGGCCUCUUGUCAGAACUCUUAUCAGUAAAAGAGGUUAAGCCUACUAUGAAUGAUGGACCACAAUCUUGAGAUUGUACGUUAAAGUUAAAAACUGAAAUAGUAAGUAUUUUAUAAAAUCUUAUGGUGCUGUGGAAAAUAUUUAUUAUUUCACUUUUUCUGACACUUCACCUUAGACACUGUUCUGGUAAUAUAAUUUUAAGUCCUUGCAGUUAAUUCUCUGGUUAGUUGGGACUGUUUGUCACACAGGUGUGGAAUUCGGUUUAAAUUAUCUCACUAAUCAUAACUGAUACAGAUACUAAGGGGAUUCCCCAGAGCUGAUAGAUUUCAUUAGGUUUUCAUGUCUAGUGUUUUCCUCCCUAAAAACUCAAGUGCUAUUUAAAAAAAUUAAUAUUAAAGUUACUUGUUUUUAAAAAGGUAGCACCUUGUUAAUUUUAUGCUUUUAAAAACAUGCAGUGAAACCUUGCUACAAGAGCAAUGAUAAAUGACUGGAAUUUCCUGUCCAGGUUUCUCCUUUUGAGUAGAAGAUCAGAUUCAUCUUCAGGUUCCCAGCGUUGUAGUGAAGGAUAUGAGCUCUCUCUGGGGUGUAGUGGACACUGGGGGCUAAACUUAUCAGCUUCUUUAUUUCUACCUCUGUCACCAACACCCCCCUAAUUCUGCUCUUACUCUGACGAAGAAAUAAGAUGUAUCCUCUCACUUUGUAGAGGAGAGUAGUGUACGGCAAAGGAGGUGCUCUAAUUUUUUGUGUCCUUACUUCUAUGUGUUUGUGUGAUCAUAAAGGCGGGGUUGAGUAUGGAGCAGUGGGUGUAAGGUGUCCAGCAAGCAGACGGACAACCGCCUGGGAGAGAUUACAAUGAACUAUAGUGCUGCUUGGCUGCAAGAUUGUUCAGGGGUGGCAGCGGCAGUUGUCAUGAAAGACAUGGCUUGGCCAGCAGAGCUGUCUAAUGGUGGGACAUGUGUAAUGGUAGGUUAGGGUGGGGACGUUGUUUUGGCCUGCCACAGGGAACUUCAUGCCACUUUUGUUCUUUCUGAACUCACUAAAUGGAAAAUAGGGUGUCAUAGUUUCUGCUGAAGUGAUUAGUAGAAUGUUUACAAUGUUUAUAUUUUUAUGGUUUUAAAAACAACACCAAAAAGAGAGUAAAUUGUAAAGAACUUCAGAGCAGUAUAUAUUUUGCCUAGAUUAAUUCAAUGUUUUAAAUUCUAAAUCAGGCAUCACCAACCUUUUUUGCAUUGCAGGAGCUGUGACUCUAAAGUAGGGAGAAUGAGUUUUGUGGGUAGACGAUCUCUUUACUGUACAGUCGCAGUUUAGUCAUGUGAGGGGGCAACAUUUGGAGUAAGAGCUCUGGUGGGGACCCUCAGUUGUGUGAGAAGGCCGGCGACAGCAAGCAUGAACCUGGAGGUGAAUACAGUGCAGACAGGCUCCCACCAGAGUAGUCCCUGUGGGGGCGAGCAGAUCAGGCUCAGGGGAACGUGGGCCCCGAGUGAGGGUCCUUCUGAAGAUACCACAGAUGGAAGCAGCGCAGUCCCCAAGCGCUCAUGUGCCAAGCUUGCCGAGCGCAGCAUGUGCCCUGCAGAGCGGCAGCGUUUUAAGCAGUGACCUGCUAGCCUCUACCAAAACAGUUGUGCUGAAAAUGCAGUAUUGUAUUUUUUCUUCUCUUUUAUUUCAUGUCCGUAAUAUUAUACAAUAUUGAGCUCUUUGUCUUUUUUAUGGAUAAAUGUGGUCUUUGUCUCAUAAUUGUGAGCCACUGAAAGUGCACUGAACCUAUUCACAUGUCUUUAAGGUGUUUUGCUGUAUAAAAUUUUAGGAGAGAAAAAUGCAAGUGAGAAUGACAGCCUAACAGGCAUUAAUUACCUUAUUUUGGAGUUGAAUUCUGUAAUUGCAAAAAAUUCAGUUAAACGUGUAAUAAAUACAAAAUGAUCUAUA